GACGAUGACGCAUUUAUGAUGCUGCGACCUAGCCAAAAUAUUGCUUUUAAUGAUUUCAUUGUAAUAUGUCAUGUUAUCAAACUGGGCAUGAUUUAUUUAAUCGUAUCAUUUGAUUACUUCAGGAGAAUAUUUUGUUGGACAAGGAAAACAACGCAGCAGUGAGUGACUUCGGAGGGAGCAUCUUUAUCAGAGGUCGGCCCACCAAUCAGACGCUGGCCUACAUGGCUCCGGAGCGUCUCCUUGGCAGGUGUUGUACCACAGCCUCUGACAUGUGGAGCCUCGGCUGCACGCUGGCUGAGCUCGACUGGGGCCUAUUUCUCUUCAAAGGGAAAGACAAAGGCGACAUUUUCAACUGUAUAACGAGGGUGCUGGGCCUACCACCAUUAGACUUGCUGGCUGCAGCGAGCAGGAAAAACUACUGUAUAGACGGCUCGGAGUCUGAAGACAAAAAGCCACCAAAAACCCCUCUGGCCACCAGACUGAAGUCGAAAAAUCCAAAGUUUCUGGACUUUAUUCGGUGCUGUCUCGAAUACGAUGCAACAAAGCGGCUCACCCCGGAGAAGGCUUUGCGACAUCCCUGGAUCAAGCAGGCAACCAAACAUACUUAUAACAGACCAACGAUAAGCAGCUUACUGAAGAGAGAGAAGAUUCCCCCGCCAAUGUUGCAGCCAACGACGCAAUUCAAAUAAGUUCUUCAGAUCAACAAUACCGG